AUGUGCUCUUCCGUCAAUCGCUAUCGGUAUGUACCUUAUCCUUCGUGUGCUUUGAGAUUAUUAUCACUGGAAAUUGAUGUUAUCAAUGAAUAUCAUCGUUCUAUAAUUUCGUCUGAUUCACAACAACAAUUAGAACCAUUAUCAAAACAAUUUUGUUCAUUAUUGAAUUCUAUUGGUUAUGUAGCUGAUGUAAUUGAGCAAUGGAGAAUCAAACCGUUUUUAUACGAUUUGAAUAAAGGUUGGCUUCGUGUAUGUAAUGAAUAUUUUCCACCAAACGAGAUACUUUUAUUUAUCAGAUGUCGAGAAUCUGCCAUAUUAUUGACAAUGCCUGUUGGAUCUGCUCUAUUAUUAAAGGAUACACUAGUGAAUCAAUCAUCGUCAACAAACAGUCGAAAAAUCGGCAAAAUCAACUCACCAUUAAAUGAACUUGGCAUUCAUCAUUUGAAUGAAAACGAAGUACAGCAUGUUUUAGAACGACGUACGGAUCUCGCUAACUUGUAA